AUGGUCGAGACUCCUUCCUUGAGCACUCUGCCCUUGGUUGCAGAAGUCGUGCCCAUUUCCUCCAAGCAGUAUCCGGCUCCGCCAACAGACUGGGGACAAGGUGAUUGCUUGCAGCAGACUGACAUCUACCGUUUCCGCUUUGGUCCAUGUGACCGACGCCCCGUGACCUGUGCGCAGCCAGCAUGUCGACUGACAGCCCUGAUGGGGGUGGAACAAGGCGACGUCGAUGCAGGCCUUGGAUCUGCGCUGCGGGAUGACCUCAUGGAUGUGGCUUGGACCGAUGCUGAGGUACUCAGUUCUGACAUGCAGGGGGAGGUCCUCUGCGACAUGGAGUCGGCGCUUC